AUGCCGAUGCAUGCCUGCUGGUGCUCUGAUGUCGUCGAAGAUGCCGGUAAUCGCUUGGUGGAGAUGUGCUUCCUGACCUCGCCACCCGAGCUCAUCCAGGUACCCCGUCAGGAAGUCCUGCGCCCUGCCACAGCGCAGCUGCGUGCCACGCAGGAGAUUCAUCCCUUGACGCUGUGCCGCUGGGACUUCUUAGCUGAAGGCUUCGAGGAGUCGGCACCGGAGGUUGACCACGACCAGUGCAACCCGGGGCUUUUCCACAGCCAGCUCUACGUCACCAGUUCCAGGGAGGUGCCUCCCCUGCCGAUGCCACGCGCGCUGCUCCAUGGACGGGGCUGCUACCACAAGAGGAUGGCCGCCGACUUGCGGCUGGCAGCCGUCAACGUUUGCCGCGGGGUGGGUCUGAAUCACAUCCGUGGCUCCAAGGACCUCUGCUCCCCCAUACCCGGCCCGGAGCUGCUGAGCCUUCGGCAGGCGCUGGCGGAAUCGCCAAGCACAGCCGCCUUCAUCGCCCGGUCCCUGGAGUUCCUGAAAGGCGUCGCAAAGAAGCAGGUGGAGCAUGCCCUGGCCGAAGCUGGCUAUCGAACCUGA